AUGGGAACGACGAGGCCGGGUGCGCGCGCGGUGCUCGCUCUGGUGCUCUGCGAGCUACUGCUGCUGCUGUCGCCGUCGGCGGCGGCGGCCGACGGCGGUGGUCUGCCGCGGCGGUCGCUGCACCAGCCCUUCUUCCCGAUCGGCUGGUCCCCGCCGCCGCCGGCGUCUGCGGAUGCGGCCGCCCCUCCGCCGCCGGCUGCCGCUGCGGCCGCGACCUCGGGCCCCGCGCGGUCCGCGCCCAGCGUCACCAACAUCGUCGCGAUCGCGCUCACAGCGGGCCUCGUCGCGCUCGCGGUGGUUUCCUACUCCUGCGUCCUCCUGUGGCGCCGCGUCGCCGAGGGCGCGGAGGACGACCGUGCCGCCGCGAAGCCGGCGGGGGCCCUUGCCGCGAGAAUUCCGAGUGAUGCCGGGAGCAGCGCCCGGCACCAGACGUCGCCGCCGCCCAGCUCCACCGCGUCGGACGCGAUUUACCUGGACCCUCUCACCGCGGUGAUGGAGGUGCGCCACCACCGGUCCAGCCCUGACCUGCGCCCUCUCCAGCUGCAGAAACAGCCCAGCCCUGACCUCCGCCCGCUGCCGCCGCUGAAACGGAUGGGCGCGCAGCCGACGCCGCCGCCCGCGGCCACGCCGCCUAUGACCGGCACGGAGUACUCCUCCUCCGACGAGGACCAGGCGACGUUUUACACCGCGCGAAAGACCAACAUGUCUUCGUUCAGCCGGAGCACGAGCCAGCGCAGCACCAUGGAGUACGCAGUGCCGCCGCCCGUGGCGCCUCCACCUGCUCCCGCGCCCGUGCCGAUGCCGCCGACGCCCGCUCCAGCGCCCGCGGCGCCGCCACCGCAAGCGAAUCGCCUGCGACCUCCUCGUCCGCCACCGUUGCCGAGGCAGAGACUGCUGCGGCCGAUGCCCGCCGAGUCGCCUCCUCCUGCCGCCCUGGCCAAUUUAGCUCUGACCAGCCCCCCUGAAGCCUCUGUCCAGAACAGGGAAGCCGAGAGCUCUGGCGUCCAGCCGGGCGGAAGCACCCGGCCGCCCAGUCUGAAACCGCUGCACUGGGACAAGCUCCGGGCCGUCUCCGGCCGCACCACAGUCUGGGACCAGGUCAAGAAUUCCGACUCAUUCCGCGUGGAUGAGGCGGCAAUGGAGAACCUGUUCCCCCAAAACAGCGCCACCGCCGCCGCGGGGAAUUCCGGUCAGGCGGCAGCGAGAGGAGGGCAGCACAGCCGGCUGCUCGACCCAAAGAGGCUGCAGAACGUGGCUAUCAUGCUCAAGGCGCUCAAUGUGACCGCAGACGAGGUGAUCGGAGCACUCGUGCACGGAAAUCUGGAAGAUAAGCCUGAGUUGUAUGAAACACUAGCUAAGAUGGCACCAACAAAAGAAGAAGAGUUAAAGCUGAAAGAUUACAGCGGUGACUUAUCAAAAAUUGAUCCAGCAGAGCGCUUUCUAAAAGACGUCCUUAAUGUUCCCUUUGCCUUCAAGAGAGUGGAUGCAAUGCUUUACAGAGCAAACUUUGAUGCUGAAGUGAAUUAUUUAAAGAAAUCUUUUGGAACUAUGGAGGCAGCUUGUUCAGACCUAAGAAGCAGCAACCUAUUCUUGAAGUUGCUGGACGCUGUUCUCAAGACCGGGAACCGCAUGAACGACGGCACCAACCGAGGCGAGGCGAGGGCCUUCAAACUCGACACGCUUCUAAAGCUCGCCGACAUCAAGUCAACCGACGGUAAGACGACGCUGCUCCACUUCGUGGUUCAAGAGAUCAUCCGGUCAGAAGGCUUCGACUCCGACCAACCAGAAACCAACAAUCCUGGCACUGGCAGUGCCAGCAAAGAACGGUUCAAGAAGGACGGCCUGAAAGUGCUGGCAGGGCUCAGCAGCGAGCUCUCAAACGUGAGGAAGGCGGCCACGCUGGAGAUGGACACGCUGAGCGGCAACCUGCUGAGGCUGGCGACCGACCUCGAGAAAGUGAGGCUGGUCUUGCAGCUCAGGGAGACGUGUGCCCGUCAGGAAAGCUCCGGCGCGGGGUUCUUCGAGUCGAUGGAUGGUUUUCUUGGAAGGGCGCAGGCGGAGAUCGGGAGCAUGAAGGUGGCGGAGAGGGGCGCGUUGCAGCGUGUGAAGGAGACCACGCAGUACUUCCAUGGUGAUGGCAACAUGGAGGAGCCUUCUCAGCCUCUGAGGGUGUUCAUGGUGGUGACAGAGUUCCUGUUGAUACUGGACCGCGUGUGCCGGGACGUCGGCAGGACGCCGGAGCGGGUGAUGAUGGGGUCCGGCAAGUCGUUCCGCGUCAGCGCCGGCACCUCGGUGCCGCCUCGCCGGUAUGAUUCGCGGACGCUUAGCUCGUCGGACGAGGACAGCUCGUCGUCGUAG